AAUCCUGGCUGCUGCUGGGCACUAGCCUAUGGCACUAGCUAAUAGUAGUUAGCGCUUCACGAUUUUGCCACACACGUACAACAGUUGUAAAUGACCAGAGGUACUGUAUUGAUUUUUGGAACACCAUAUGAACUUUUGAAGUGUGACAGCUGCUAAUGGGGAAGAGGAAGGACAUGAUGAUCCAUCCACGGUACCUUAUAGGAGACCGGGAUGAGGUAGGGGUCUAUAAUGCCCAUCGGAAGAAGCACAAGAAGCACAAGAAGCAUAAGAAGAAGCAUCACCGCGAGGAGAGCUACUCACCCGACGAAUCGGACUCUGGUCUGCCCAUAAUCAUCAAACCCCCACAACUCAAGCUGAAGAUUAAGCUGGGAGGGCAAACGCUGGGCACUAAAAGUGUGCCAACAUUCAGUGUGGUAUCGGAAGCCCCUCGUUCUCCUUCUCCUCUGAUGAUUGUUGAUGAUGGUGACGACGAUGAUGAUGAUGAUGAUGAUGACGACGACGAAGACGACGAUGAUGAACCCUCAGAGGGAGUCCCCAUUGAGCAGUACAGAGCCUGGUUAGAUGAGGACAGUAACCUGGAGCCCUCGUCUCUGGGCGAGCUGGACUCGAGCUCCCUGCUCGGGCCCGUGGACGAGGAGGAGCGCUGGCUGGAGGCUCUGGAAAAAGGGGAGCUGGAUGACAACGGAGAGCUCAAGAAGGAGAUCGACGAGUCACUGCUCACCACCCGACAGAAAGCGCUCCUGCACAAGCAGCAGAGCCAGCCCUUGCUGGAGCUGCCCAUUGGCCUGCAGGUGAAGGAGCCCACGGCGGAGAUGCUGCGCAAACGCGAGGAGCGUGCUCGCCAGCGCCGCCUGCAGGCCGCCCGCAAGGCCGAAGAGAGCAAGAACCAGACCAUCGAGCGUCUGACCAAGACCAGCAACAAGGCCAAGGUGCGCAGCGGCGUCCGUUGCGACAGGGAACGCCGCGGCAAGCACCAUGUCCACGCUCAGGUGCCCACCGUGUGCUACCGCAGCUCGGCCACCCACGGCGCCAGCAUCUCGUUCCCCGUGGGCGUGCCGGCGCCCGAGCGUGCGCCUCCGCGACCGGCGCCACCGCCGAGGCCGAGCUGCGGGGUGGACGGGUGUCCGAACCCCAAGAGGUACGCGUGCUCCAAGACGGGCGUGCCGCUGUGCAGCCUCGAGUGUUACAAGAGGAACCUGCAGAUCCAGAUGCCACAGAUGGUGGCUUAGAACGCAUGUGAUAAUCGGAGUGUGUGAGUUGAAGUGUCUGUGUGUGUGAGCAAGCGUGUGUCAAUUUGCAACUAAUGCAAGUGACCUAAUACGUUUGUGUGUGUGUGAGUGCAGGUGUGUUGAGAUGAAAUGGUUAAGAGUGUGUGUAUUCACAUUACCCCAGAAGUACAUUGUUGUCCUGGUGACGUCAUCGUCCCGUGUGUGUGUGUGUGUGUGUAACAGGCAGAAUAUGGAUGAAAUGAUUAAGAGUGUGUGUAUUCACAUUACCCCAGAAGUACAUUGUUGUCCUGGUGACGUCAUCGUCCCGUGUGUGUGUGUGUGUCUGUGUGUGCAGACAGAGAGUCUGCUAUAUAUGUCUGUACCUGUACUCUGAACUAGAGUGCAAAUCCCAGAACUUAUUUAUCGCUGUGCUAUGGCAUUUUUGGCCAUGUUUUUUUUUUCUUAAUUGUUAUCCUGGCAAUACAAUUAUGUAUGAGAUGUAAUUCAUUUGUUGUUUUGGCAUUUAACCAGGUAGGCAAACCACAUAUUUAUUUUCUGUAUCGAGAUGCAGUGGGAGAUUUUGGAAAGAAAUCUCAAGAGAUAAGUAAAAAAAAAAUAAGAUUAUUUUUGUAAAAAGAGUGAAAUAAAGAACCUGUUUUUGUAA